UCUCUCUGGCUUGAUCAUAGUGACGCGGCGGUGGAGCGCUCAGUCUGUAUCGCAGGUGAGGAGGGCUACAGUCUCAUCUGCCUCCAAGACGCAGCCGCCACGGAUGUUCAUUCAUAUCUGACCAAGCGGGUGUCUGACUCAGGCUUAUGACAGAAUUAUUUUUUCCUGGAUCGAAUUUGUUUUCCCCCCCAUCGAUCAUCCACAAUGCAGCCCUCGGCUUGGCUCCUUGCUGUUUGCGCUCUCAUCCUCUGCACACUCCGGCAGAUUGACGGAGCCAAAGGACAGCGACAGUGUAGUGAGAAUGACUACUACUACGAGUACACCGAGUGUGACAGCACGGGAUCACGCUGGAGGGUGGCCAUCCCUCAGACCCCAGGAGCCUGCACUGGACUACCAGAGCCAGUGCGGGGCACAGAGUGCACGUUCUCCUGUGAGGCCGGGGAGUUCCUGGAGAUGUCGGCUCAGGAGUGCACCCAGUGUGCAGCAGGAAGCUACUCUCUAGGCAGCGGUAUUCGCUUUGACCAGUGGGAUUCCAUGCCUGCAGGAUUCAGUAGCUUGGCAACCUCCCUGGACAACGGUCCGCAGGGAGAUGACAGACUCACCUGCAACAGUUCCUCCUGGGUGCCUCAGGGCAACUAUCUGGAGUCCAACAGGGAUGAAUGCAUGGUCUCUCUCAUCUAUGCUGUCCAUUUGAAGAAACAAGGCUCCAUCAGCUUUGAGUACCAGUAUCCAGACAAAAACCUGCUCUUUGAAUUCUUUAUCCAGAAUGACCAGUGUCAGGAGAUGGAUCAGUCUGCAGAUAAGAAGUGGCUCAAGCUCACCAGUCACGGGGAGUGGGCUACUCACACGGUAAACCUGAAAUCUGGGACCAACAUCCUGUACUGGAGGACAGGAGGGGUCCUGAUGGGGACCAAAGUGGUGAAGCCUGUGCUGCUGAAGAAUGUCCAGAUCGAAGGCGUUGCCUAUACAUCAGAGUGUUUCCCAUGUAAGCCAGGGACCUUCAGUCGAGUCCCAGGCUCCUCCUCAUGUGACUCCUGCCCGCGGGACACCUACUCUGGCCGCGGUGCUAGCUCCUGCACCCCCUGUAACACCAGCACGCAAUACGCACCUGAGGGAUCAGGUGUGUGUAAAGCCAGGCCGCCAUGUUCCAGGAAGGAUUAUUUCCAGAUUCACACAGCAUGUGGCAGCGAUGGCAAGACGCAGGUCAUUUACAAGUGGAUAGAGCCUAGGAUUUGUCUGGAGGACGUGGCUGGAGCUGAGAAAUUGCCUCCAAGUGGAGAACGGGAGCCCUGCCCCCCUUGUAACCCUGGUUUCUACAACAACGACACAGCCACCUGCUCACCCUGCCCACCUGGGACCUUCUCAGACGGGAAGAAAGCAUGUGAGCGGUGUCCUGCAGGUACAGAACCUGUCCUGGGUUAUGAGUACAAGUGGUGGAACGUUCUCCCUGCCAACAUGAAGACCUCCUGUUUCAACGUGGGCAACUCCAAAUGUGACAGCAUGAAUGGUUGGGAGGUGGCUAGAGAUCAUAUCCAGAGUGGAGCUGGAGGUUCAGAUAAUGAUUACCUCAUCCUCAACAUCCACGUUCCUGGCUUCAAACUUCCCAUGUCAAUGUCGAGCCAUUCGGGGACAGAGUGUGGCCGCAUCACCUUUGAAUUUGAGACAGUGUGCACGGCUGACUGUGAGCUCUACUUUAUGAUGGAUUUAAACAGGAAGAGCACCACUGUGGUGGAGUCAUGGGAGGGCAGUAAGACCAGACAGUCUUACACACACGUCAUGACACAGAAUGGCUCGGUUUCCUACACAUGGGCUUUCCAGAGAACCAACCAACCUUCAGAUGUCCGUCGUUAUGUAAAUGAUGUAGUGCGCAUCUUCUCCAUCUCUGUGAGUAAUGCUGUGGACGGCGUUUCCUCUAAGUGCCGUGCUUGCGCCCUCAGUGGCCAAGCCUCCAGCUCCCUGUGUGUGCCUUGCCCACCGGGACACUACAUAGACUCACAGACCAAUCAGUGCACAGAGUGUCCGUCCAACACGCGCCUCCUCCCUCACACCACUCCAGGCCCAGAUGCCUGCAGGCCCUGUGGACCAGGCAGCAAGAGCGACAAGGAGCACAGUUUAUGCUACAGUGACUGCCACUUCACCCACACUGAGGGCAACGUCACUCUGUCUUUUGACUUCAGCCUCCUCGGCUCUGUGGGGUCACUGAUGAACGGCCCAAGCUUUACGUCCAAAGGAACAAAAUACUACCGCCAGUUCAACAUCAGCUUGUGUGGAGGACAGAGUCAUAUGGCAGUUUGCACAGACAACGUGACAGACCUAUCCAUCACAGACUCCCAGAGAGAGAGAGGGGAAGGAGCCAAUGCUGUGAAGACCUUUAUCUGUCAGUCAACCAUAAUCCCAGCUAUUGGACGGGGCUUCCACACAGCACUCUCCUCGCAGUCCAUUAACCUAGCGGACACAUUUCUUGGAGCGACAGUUGAGACUACACUUGAUGGAAUCAAGGCAAGCCCAGAUCUGUUCCCCCAGAACUCCAAGAAGAUCCCUGAUGUCAACUUCUACUACCGCUCCUUCGAGGAGACCUCAUCAUGUGAAUCAGGUCGGAGUGCAGUGGUCACACUCCGCUGUAACCCAGAGAAGAGCACCAAAGGAGAGAUCUCAGUCCCCAGUCAAUGUCCUGCUGGAACAUGCGAUGGCUGCACCUUUAACUUCUUAUGGGAGAGCUCAGGGGCGUGUCCUACGUGCACGGAGAGUGACUACCAUCGGAUAGAGGGAGCCUGCAAGGGAGGACACCAUGACAUCCUGUAUGUGUGGACUGAACCAAAGCUGUGUAUGGGAGGAGUGUCCUUGCCUGAGAAGAAGACGCUGCCUUGUGAGGGUGUGGAGGUCUGGAUCCGGCUCGGUGCAGGGCUGGCAGCCUUCACUGCUGUACUGCUCAUCUCCCUCACCUGCUACUUCUGGAAGAAGAACAAAAGGUUGGAGUAUAAGUACUCUCGGCUGGUGAUGUCUGCCAAUAAGGAAUGUGAGAUGCCAGGAGCUGACAGCUGUGCUGUGAUGGAGGGAGAGGAUAAUGAAGGAGAUAUGGAGGAUGAGGUGGUGUACACAAAGCCUUCUCUUCUGGGCAAACUCAAAGCCAUAGCUUCCAAGGGAAAUGGAGAGAGCUAUGAAAAUGUGCAGCUGAACUCCUCUCAUCCAAAAGCGCUGGUAUGGAGCUAGAGCGCAGGAGGAGCGAGAGGGAGUGAAGGGAGAGACCAAGCCCUCAAGAGACUUGCCACCCCUUUAAACAAAUCACCCCCUUUAGGAGCUUUGGAACCUGGAAAACAAACUGUGUGUAUGUACACACACACACACACACCAUGCACCUUGGACCAGGUUCAGAGGAGUCACACUUACAUGGUGGCCUUAAAGCUUGGUACGAGAAAGCCGUUCAACUCAAAGCAUAGUACUUUAAAGCUGUAAAGUGUGGAUGGGUGGUGUGAUAGAGACUACCUGGUAAUAUGCUGAUUUAAACUGAUGUCAGAGGGAGUAUUGGAAGUGCUCAGGUAAAGAAGAGAACCUAUGUUUCUGUUUGUAUUUAUUUCAGUCUGUGAAUUGUCUAAUAUUUCUGGAGUCAAUGUUGUACUUUCACCACUGUCAGAGUAAGUGGCUGUCCAUCUCCCAUAGACACACAGACAAAACCUGGCCAUAUAAAGCAUUUGUUCUCAUUUGUUUGUUCUUUUGUUUUGUUACUGGUUAUUGUAAUAAAAAAAAAAAUGUUCUGCUGCCAACUGAGAAUGAAAAUGUCAGAUCAAGAUGAUGAAAUUGUAACGCUGACUGUCCAUGUUAAGUCAAAUAAAUUAUAAAGUAUUUGUCUACAA